CCCCCGGUGCCGCCCCGCCGGAGUCGGGCCGAGCCGCCUCGGGAGCUGCUGCCGGAGCCGGCGCCCGCCAUGGGCGCGGGGCGCGGGGGGAUGCGCUGCAUCAAAAUCCUGCUCUUCAUCUUCAACCUGACCUUCUGGCUGGCAGGACUGGUUAUCAUYGCCUUCGGGCUGUGGCUGCGCUUUGGUGGGCCCAUGGCAGAGUUUGCUACAGACAAAAAGUCCCCGGAGUAUUUCUUCAUGGGACUCUAUGUACUGGUGGGAGCAGGGGCCAUCAUGUCAGCAGUCGGAUUUUUUGGGUGCUGUGGAGCGGCGCGGGAGUCCCAGUGCUUAAUUGGAGCAUUCUUUGCCUGCCUGUUGGUGAUAUUUGCAGCUGAGGUCACUGCUGGAGUAUUUGCCUUCAUAGGCAAGGAUGUGGCAAUACGGGAAGCCCAGAAAAUCUAUGAUGAUGCUUAUGAGGACUACAUGAAAAACCCAGUGGGGAAGGUCAACAGUACCAUCUAUCGCUAUCACGUGGCUCUCCAGUGCUGUGGUAAAGGUAAUGUGGAACAACAAACAGGAUUACCCUGUCCAGAGAACAUCCAGCUGCCAAAGAACUGCCUGGAUGAAAUUCGGAAUGUAAUUGAUACUAAUCUGCACUUAGUUGGAAUUGUUGGAAUUGCAAUUGCUGGCAUCACAAUCUUUGGCAUGAUAUUCAGCAUGGUUCUGUGCUGUGCGAUCCGUAACACGAGGGACAUGAUCUAAAACUGUCACUGCACAACUAUGUCCCAGGAGUUCCAGACUAAGCUUACAAGAAGUGCUCUUCUACCCGAUUUAAUAAUUGUAAUGCAUUUUAAUCAGUGUUUUAACAUACUGAGAGGAAAAUAUCCCAUUAGGUGAUCAGGUGAAUUGUAUUAGUUACAGUAAAACUGAAGUGAACAAAAAAAGGGGUUUAAAAUGUCCUUUUUAAUGGAAAAAAGCAAAGGUGCAUCUAAGACUAAUUUGAUUUUUAAUGUUUGUAUAUGUGCAAUUAAGAGUUUACACAUGUAUAGACUUUGRUAAGCACAUGCAUCUCUCUCCUUACAAAUACAUAUGGGUGUGAGCAUGUCCCUGGAUGUGCAGUACCUUGUCURGGUAAGUAUGUGCAAAUGGAACAUGUGUGUGCAUCCAGAGUGCUUGGAACCCUCUCACACUGAGCCCGUUUGCCAAGAAKUAGCAGAGGAACAAAUGCCAUUGUAAAAAGUAAGACCUAUGAUCCAUUUUGUAACUCUUCUUUCCAAAGCCCAAGCAGAGUAGAAUUAAUAAAAUUGGACUUCAUUAAAAAAAUCAAACUUGCCUAAGGGCCUGCUCCAGCAAACAUUAAUUCAUGUGAGUAGACCCACUGACUUCACUGUCAUGCAGAGACUGGAUAUUUAUUUUUUGUAGGACAGGACCCUUYGUGCAAAUGCAGAAAGCUCUGGGGGAGGAAACAUGUCCAAGGAGAUCCAGGCUAAAGGAAGAGGGGGAAAGAGGUGGGAAGCUGGCAAGACCAGGCAGCCAUUUGGGACCAACUGCAGUGCAAAGUGUGCUUAAGCUUACCAAGCUAGGCUGAGAUACACCAAAAAACCCAACUGUGAGUUCAAGGGGCCACUAAAAUCCCAAUUCAGCAGCCCCUUUGUCCCAGAAGCCUCGCUAUGGCUACAGACUGGUGCAGGAGUGGAGCCUAGAUCCAAAAAUGCAGCCCUUUGUCAGAUCUCUGGAGAAUCUAACUGGCCUGUGGAAGCCAAAGAAAGAGUGAGUGGUCAGAAAAAGACACACAGCACUUUAAUAUCCUCAGUUUCUGCUUCUGUGACUAUCACAGCUUCCACAGGGCUCUUACCUCAACCUCUCACCCYUUCCUGGGGGCAGAAGGCAGGAAAGAAAGAUGGGGCAUUUUUACAGAGCUAUGAACUAAGUUUUCUUACUGGCACCUUUAGAUUGCAUGUCAGGUAUAAAAAUGACACUGUGUGCUUGAAAUACCUCAGGGCUUGCGUUUACAUAGUUCGUUUCUAUAUUUUUAUUUUUCUAUUUGUCAUAUUUAUGCAUAAGAGAAUGUUCCUUUUGAAACAGCCUAGAAGGGAGAAAGGUUGUCCCCAGAAGAGGUAAAUAAAUAACAUUAAAGGCUCAGGAUCUCUUAAUUUUUGGCUUACUCAAGAUAAUUCACCAUUUCAGACARCAGCUUUUUGCUAACUAUACCCCCACAGCAGCAGCUCUGGUGAUCACCAGUUCAGAUUCCUGAUGCAAUUGUUGGGGAGAAGUUCAGUUAAACUACACAUUGAAAUAGUCCAAUGUUUAAGAGGCCUUGGCAUUUACAAGUCAUGGAGUCUUUGUCCCACCAAAACUGGGAUUUCAGUAAAUAUUUACUCCAAAUAUCUGCCUUAAUUGGCACACCUUGUCAUUUUUUACAUGGAUUUCUCUUUUCUARUUGUCCAACCAUGAGCUGUGGCACUGCACUAAGAGCUGGGCAUGAGCUGAGCCAUGUCCAGGCUGAGCUUUAGGCUGGCAGGAUAUGAGAUCACACACCAGAAAAGAGUCAGGCUCGUUGUCAYUCUGACACAGCUGAUUAGCAAUGGAUGUCAAUUAAAAGCAGGGCCUGGAACCUCACUCUGGCAAGAAUCAGACCAGGAAACMGGCCCUGAUCUGCUGCUUGSUCCUAAGAAAGGCUCAGCUGGCAGAAUGGCAUUGGCAGCAAAUCCAUGAGAGUCUCAAGCUGGAACUUAGAAAUUCRUUUAACACAGCAGCCAGCAAAGCAAUUUCCUGGCUGGAGGUGUACCUGAGAUUGUCCCUACAAUGGUUCUGCUCUGAAGAGAUGAUGGGGUAGUGCCCAGCUGGGCCRUGUUCUCCCAAGGUAGUACUGGCAGGAAAAAGAAAUUGUUGUAGAGUGUCAUUUUCGUCACUCAGGGCAAGCCAGUUUUCCAGGAAAAUCAGUAAAAAUAGCACCACAGCCAGUGGUUCASGUUCUAAGAUUGUUGUCCUACAGGGAUAGGAACUGAUUGCAAAUAAAGUGAUUUUCCUCUGUUACACUCCCCCUCAUAAUGACAGUAUUCUAUUUAUUUGAAACACAUCUAAAGGUAAUUUGRUUUCGUUCUUCAAAUCUGUAGCACCAGAAUGUAAUUGCCAGACUUUAUCUCUUUAUUUAUUACUUCUUGAGUAAGUUGGAAGAUGCCCACUCCUGCUUUGAGAUGCACUGAAUGCCAAGGCAGCUUGCAGAAACUGCUGUUGCUUCCCCAGCCCUCCACUCCCCCAGAAGUACAAAACCACCCCAGUGCCUUAGGGAAACAGGGAAAAGUGGUACAAAAAACCUGCUAUAAAUUCACACUCGAACCACCAAACUUUCUGCUGAAGUGUUUUGGGUUUGUGAUUUUUUUUUUCUUCCUCUAAACAGGGCAUUUAUUUUUCUGAGCAUUCCUGCAUAAGCUCUAGGGUUACUGUUAUUUAGGUCUAGGGGAUACUUGCACUGCAUACCAGGAACAGAAUAAUACCUGUUACUGGUUUAGUUCUCUAAGUUAUUAGUAUAAAUUAAGCUGGAAAUCAACCUGUUAUUCAUAUACUAGUGCCUUUAACAGAAUCCAGGGAUAAAGGUCUUUUGUAGUUUCCUGCUGCUGUGAGGUGCUUAAUAUAAUYGCAAUUUUCUCUGCAUCUUAGUAACUGAAGGUAUUUUUUAACUGAUUGAGAGAGUUACUGCCACAAAAGGCAGCAAAAGUACCCAUUUAUCCUGUCCCUUGCACCUGUGUCAGAGGAAAGURACAAAAGAUCAGAUCCCUCCAGGUGAUAAUUCUGAAAGCACAUCACACACAUUUUCUUGUUCUCCUGUCAAAACACUUUAUCCUAAAGAUGUAAGUUGUUGAUGCCCUUACUGUGUCUCUAAACAUCCUUAUUCACAUUUCCCUUGUCUAAUUUUUCUAAGUAACUGAUUUCAGUGGGAGCUCCCUUUGUCACAGGGAAAUCUCAGCCAGUUUUGGUACCUCCCAGAGAUCAUACAGGAGCUGAUGAAGCUCAGCCCUGUGACAUCCCUGCAAUGAAGAGUCGUAUUUCACUUGUCUUGAUACUUACAGUUUUAUAACAAAAUAUGUUUCAWGUGUCUUGAAAAAGAAAUUGAGUUGUCUUAAGCCCUCAAAUGCUGUAUUGUACAGUCUUUGCAGGCUACAGAUUAACAGCAUUGGAUGCUGUUGGUAGAAAAUGUACAUAAAUAAAGCUUUUCAAUCUUUUUCAUCUCUGUUGGUGCUCCAGCCACGAGGUUUUCCAAAACACAAACCACUUCCACGAUAACGUGUAUGGUACAACAUAAAAUCUGAUUUWACAUAGAACUGGCGUUUCAGUUCAUACUGCCAAGUCUGUGGCAGAAUUACCUCUUGSUUUCAGAAAAAAACGAACUUAACUCUGUGGCUGAAAUUAGCUUUCACUUCCCGAUGAUAUGUUCUGAAGUGGCGUUUUAUCGGCUUUGUGUCYUGAAUUUGAAACAACUUCCUAAUAAAAAUAAC